UAAUCACACAACACUAAUCACACAACAGAACAGAAAUCAUCUGUUGUGUGUUUAAGUCAGCUCGAUUGCACAACGGUAUUAGGGAUAUUCUGUUGUGUGAAUGUAAACAAAGUGAUAACUUUUUUAUCAAAACUACAUUGCACAACGGAAUUAAGUAUUGUCCGUCGUCUGAGUGUUAAAAAAUUUAGCGGCAGAUUUCCCUCCACUUCGGAGUCUUGGUUGGCUCUUGAAAUACUAAAAUUUGGCCUACUAGGUACAACGGGUUUCAUUAUUUCCAUUGUGUGAUUGAAAAACUAAGCACCAAAGUUUGAGUAACCUUGCUUGAAUGUCUUCCCCUAGAUACUCCUAAUGUAAGCUGUGGUCAUUAGACAAUAGAUUUAAGCUAUUCUGUUGUGUGAAGUAGGAACAUAGGCGGCAACAUUUUGACCCAAAAUGCUAUAGGCGGCAUGUUUCCCUCCAUGCUUCCACAUUUUGAAUUUAUGCAGUGCAUCAUACGACAGUUUGGUGAGGUUUCUGUUGUGUGAGUAACUUCGAAUUUUUUGCUAGGUUUAAUUGCCAUGCCACAUCGUGUCCAAAAGAAAAAAAACAAUGAAAACAAAACCUAGCUAGCUUCUCGACCCUCUCAUACCUCUCUCUCGACAUCAGUUUUACAAUAGCCUCCACGAAACCUAGCCUCUCUCUCUCUCUCUCUCUCUCUCUUUCUCAGUCCUGUCUCUCUCUUUCAUGAACCUCUCUUUCCAUCAAGUCUAGUCAUCUACAAACGUUUAACGAUGGCCAGCAAGAUUGGACUCUGCGACUCAACUCGUUCUCCAACUAGUUUCGGGGGAUCUCGAGCCUCUGGUCGUCGCCGUCGAAGACCUCUACUUGCAGCAGCAGAUUCAUUCCGUGCCAGUCGUCCAAGCUCCGCUAGUUUAGGCUGAACGACAAGGUGUCGCCGGUGAAGGACGGCGGGAAAGAGGCCUACUCGAUCUGGAUGUUGAGAUUAGAGCUUUUUGGGUCUAAUUUCAAUUCUUUUCUGCUCCUGCAGGUGGCGUUGCCAAUAUGGACGACGGAAACAUUCCGGGCCGAACUUCCCAAACCCUAGUGCUCCCAAUUCUUCCACCAUGCCAUGGACGGAGUAGCGGGGCCUGGGCUACUUCGAUUUGGCGUCGGCAACAUAGUCAAGAUGAAACCGCUCAGAUUCCAGUUGAGUUCUUAGAGGUGGAAAUCAUAUCAAUCAUUUUCCCCAAAGGAAUUUAUCCUGCAAGUUUGCUUUAUUCUCAUUCAAUCACAAAGCCCAGUUCUUGUUUUUGGUUUAUGGGAAAAUUUUUGGUAUUGGUUUUGUGUUUUUCUUCCAUUAUUUGGGGAACCUAGAAAGGAAAACCAUAAAAGCCCAUGUGUAUGAGGGCUUUAAUGUUUGAAAUUGCUUGGUUUUUGGGUUGAUGGUGCUGUUGAGAGAAGGAAGAUCGAAUCUGAAUUUGGUUGUUCAUAUAGCUCGGCACCUUGAGCUCAGAGAUUAUAUCCAUUCUGCUAUCUCAGGACUUCUUCCUUUUAUCAAAAAGGUCUAAGUCACCAACAAGCUUGUUCAAAAUUUUGAAUUGGAGAUUGAAGGGUUGCAGACCUAAUAUUGUUUGGUCGAAGAAAUAAUUUCAGAUCUGGAUGUCUACGGUUAUAUAUCUAUCCCAGGUCGCUAAUUAAUCCAAUCUUCAGAUUGAAAAUGAGUAUGGACCCAUGGAAUACGAAAUUGGUGCACCAGGUAAAGCCUACACUGAUUGGGCAGCUCAAAUGGUUGUGGGAUUAAACACUAGUUUCCCCUGGAUCUUGUGCAAACAAGAUGAUGCCCCUGAUCCUGUUAUUAACGCUUGAUAUGGCUUCUAUUGUGACUACUUCUCUCCAAACAAGGCUUAUAAACCAAAGAUGUGGACUGAAGCCUAGACUGGAUGGUUUACUGAGAUAUAUUGGAGAUGCAGUUCCUUACCGACCAGCUGAGGGUUUGGCAUUUUCAGUUUUGAAUACGAGAACUGUCCAAGUACAGCAACUAUCAGAUCCAACCACAGAGAGAGAAAUUCACGAGUUCUUCUAUUUUUCUGGAGAGAUCGAACGUAUUCAGAUCCAACGUGAUCCUGCGCAAUCAAAGACUGCAUUUGUUACAUUCAAGGAUGCCAAAGCUCUUGAAAUCGCACUCUUGUUAUCUGUAUGUACUCAAAAUGCUCUCCUCUCUCUUGGAAUUGAAGUCAGUGUGCCUAGUACAAAAGAGGAGCUCGACAAAUCAAAUUGCCCUGCAAGCAUCUUUACCAUAGUGAAUGCAUCAGCAAAUGGCUUGGCACCAACAAGUGAUGGUGCAGCUUCAUUGGUGCUAGUGAGUGGGGAAAAGGCACUUGAACUUGGGUUAUAUGCUCUUGUUCUUCAUUUCUCUGGAAAACCAACCCCUUUGGUACUGUAUCAUGCUCUUCUGCUGCAAUAUGUGCUAACUCGUGAAGCUUCACAAUAAGCUUGGAGGUGAUGUAAAUGAGAAUAUAUAUAGUGCACAGGAUGCUUGAUAAAAUGGCACAAUAAGGUUUUGUUGAAGCGAAAAGAUAUUAUAUGAGCUUUUGAUUCAUGUGUAGCUAGCUAGGAAUGCUUUAUUGUUUGGUACAUUACCUAGUCACUUGAAUGUAUGGAUGUUUGAAAAAUGGUAAUGGAAUGAUAUGGAUUUGAGUA